AAUAAGAGACAGUUGUUGAUUGUCUCUUGUGAAAUACAUUUAUACAUUUACAAAAAAAAAUGUUAGUGCUAAGAGUGCUUUUUGCUUUAAAUAUAAUAGUAUUCGGAACUUUUGAUGGAGAGUGUGCCGUAAUAAAUAAAGAUAAUUCACUUAUUGAAGCUCAAUCGAUUGGACGAAUUGUGAACCGCAUAAGUCACAAAGAAAUUAUACAGAACAACGGUUAUGUAAAUGAUAUUACCAGAGCAUCAAACGUUGAUCAGGGAUACCCAUGUCCCCAUUCAUCUGAUAUACCUAAAAUAAAUAGUUUUCAAGAACCUCAAAUCAAUGAAAACCCAUCAGUUACGAAUUUCGGCAGCUCGUAUAUAAACAGUCAAUCAACACAUCAUUCUACUGAUUUUCAAUUGCAAAUUCAGAGCUCACGACCAGCUCAGCACAUUCACUACCAUUAUAUUGUGCCCAAUACUCCUGCAAAGCCGAUAAUAAAUUAUGUAUCUCAAUCCGAUGCCAACGCCUACAAUGUAAAUUCGGACAGUAAGCCCUAUUCCUCUAUUGAUCCGCAACAACCAUCACAUAUUAAUGCAAAUAAUCUACACUCUACCAAUCGAGUUGAAGAACCCCAGGUUAACCCAUUAUACUCAGCUGUGGACAAUAGUGGUUACCUUUACGAUUCCCCAGAUGAGCACCAGGGUCAAGCUUCUGAAAGCACAUCGGUUUACGAAUCUUUAAGAGAUACGGAUUCGGGCCAAGUCUUAAAAGAAGAACCUCAAGAACAACAGGAGGCUAUACUUAAAACAAAUAUUCCACAAGUACCCCAAAUACAGAAAAUGCAAGAAGCCAAUAGCACAAAAAAACCGGAGGUGUACUUUAUUAAAUACUACGACGAUAAAGAUACUACAACAACUAGUUCUCCUGAUUUACCGAAAAUAAAUGACACCCUAAAUGAGUUUUCGGACGGCAGUGGCUUAAUAGAUAUAAGGGCAGGCGUUGAAGAAAUUCUGGAUAGCCAAAUAGAGGAUACCAUGCCCUAUAAUGAACAUUCAGCAUACAAUGUUCCGCUGAACUAACA